GUGUGGUGGUGGUGGUGUGUAUUCCCUCAGUCCCUCCCAGGCUCACUCCGCCUCUCCUGUAGUCUCGCGGUAGCGCUCCCCCUGUGCCCUGUGGAGCUGACAGUCGAGUAUGCGACCAAUUCUGGGAUUUUCAUUUCAACAACAUGGCCACUACCGCAACGUGUACGAGGUUCAGCGACGACUACCAGCUUUACGAAGAGCUCGGAAAGGGCGCCUUCUCCGUCGUUCGCAGAUGCGUCAAGUUAUCCACCGGGCAAGAAUAUGCUGCGAAAAUUAUUAACACCAAGAAGCUGUCGGCCAGGGAUCACCAGAAGCUGGAACGCGAAGCAAGAAUCUGUAGGCUCUUAAAGCAUCCUAAUAUUGUACGUCUCCAUGACAGCAUAUCGGAAGAGGGUUUUCAUUACCUCAUAUUUGACCUGGUUACUGGAGGUGAACUUUUUGAAGAUAUCGUGGCCAGGGAAUACUACAGUGAAGCAGACGCAAGUCAAUGCAUUCAUCAGAUCCUAGAAAGUGUUAAUCACAUUCACCAACAUGACAUAGUGCACAGGGACCUCAAGCCAGAGAACCUGCUGCUUGCCAGUAAAUGUAAGAGUGCAGCGGUAAAGUUGGCAGAUUUUGGACUGGCAAUCGAAGUUCAAGGCGAGCAGCAGGCAUGGUUUGGGUUUGCAGGCACUCCAGGAUACCUCUCCCCAGAGGUUUUAAGAAAAGAUCCAUAUGGAAAGCCAGUUGACAUCUGGGCAUGUGGUGUAAUUCUUUACAUAUUAUUAGUGGGUUACCCUCCCUUCUGGGAUGAAGACCAGCAUAAGCUUUAUCAACAAAUCAAGGCUGGCGCAUAUGAUUUUCCAUCUCCAGAAUGGGACACGGUCACCCCAGAGGCCAAAAAUCUGAUCAAUCAGAUGCUGACCAUCAAUCCAGCCAAGAGGAUAACAGCACCUGAGGCUCUGAAGCACCCAUGGGUCUGCCAACGUUCUACUGUAGCAUCAAUGAUGCAUCGUCAAGAAACUGUGGAAUGUUUGAGGAAGUUCAACGCAAGAAGAAAGCUCAAGGGGGCAAUUCUCACUACAAUGUUAGCUACAAGAAACUUUUCAGUUGGCAGGCAGUCCACUGCUCCAGCUGCGGCGGCUUCAGCUGCUGCUGGUUUGGCUGAGCAAGCAGCAAAGAACUUGCUGAACAAGAAAACCGACGGAGUCAAGAAAAGGAAGUCCAGUUCCAGUGUUCAUUUAAUGCCACAGACAAACAACAGCAAAAACAACGUAGUAAGCAGCCCAAAAGAAAACAUUUCUUCACCAACCACAAUGGAGCCACAAACAACUGUAGUCCAUAAUCCCUCAGAUGGCAUUAAGGAAUCAACUGAUAGCUGCAAUACAACAACUGAAGACGAAGAAGUGAAAGUAUCAACCCAUGAUGCUGGCAGUAAAAGUGUAAUGAAGAGUCAGUCAACUGCUGAGCAGGUUCAUACUGACCAACCCCAUGAGAUUCCACUCACCACUGAAAUUGUGGAUCUCACAUGUGCAAUGAGUCAUUCUGAUAAUUCAGAGCUGUUUCCACCUGCAUCUCCUCCCACACAGUCACGCAAGCAGGACAUCAUCAAGAUCACCGAGCAACUGAUUGAAGCCAUUAAUAAUGGGGAUUUUGAAGCUUACACGAAAAUCUGCGAUCCAGGUCUAACUUCAUUUGAGCCCGAAGCUCUUGGAAACUUAGUGGAAGGGAUGGAUUUCCAUAAAUUUUACUUUGAGAACUUGUUGUCCAAAAACAGCAAGCCGAUCCAUACUACGAUUCUGAACCCCCAUGUUCACCUAAUCGGAGAAGAUGCUGCCUGUAUCGCCUAUAUCCGUCUUACUCAGUACAUCGACAGUCAGGGGAGGCCAAGGACAACACAGUCCGAGGAAACGCGUGUCUGGCAUCGCCGUGAAGGGAAGUGGCAGAACGUACACUUCCACUGCUCAGGAGCCCCGGCUGCUCCACUCCAGUGAACACAACCUGCAGGCGACUUGGGGAUGUUGGAGUAGACUUCUCGUCUAAGCAGUGGAUUGAAGCCGAUCACUGUCACGGUGACCUCUUUGAAGACCAGCAGCACCAUGCGCGAAUCUGCAUGUGUAUGAUGCUGUGGUGGCUGCCUAUUUGUUGUUUUCAUGGAUCCAUCGUGUUUGUUUCUGCUGUAUGGGAGGUGUACAGAUAAAAUGGCUGCUGUAUAUGUACCUGAUAAUUCACUUGUUUGAUGGCAGUGGUUCGUACUAAAUAAAAUCUGAACCAAAUACUUGCCAAAGUAUGGACAUCCAUAAUUAAAGUAAAAACUUUUUUAAAAAAUCACAAAAAAUAACAGUCGGUGUAGUGCUCAGAGGUUAAAGGUAUGCCUUUCUUGUCGAGAUUCUACAAAGGUUACCUUAACUCUGACCAGUAAUUGUCAUUAAAAAGAGCGCAAUAGCAACCGUAGGUUCAAUUGAAGGUGCAAGAAGGAUACCAUGCAAACUGCAGCUUCCUCUGUCAAUGAAAAGUUAAAGGUUAAUUGCUUUACUGAGACUCCUACUUCGGAGGUCAAUGAGCAACAAUAUGUUGAAAUUUGAAGGCCAAGACUAUAUGACAUUGCUGUUCUGUGAAACUGUCUGGAAAAAAUACACUCCUAAGCAAUUGCUUUUUUUUCCCUCUUAUCAAUCUAUUGCAAAGUGAAGCUGUGAUCUCAUUUAAACUUAUCAGAAUGGAACACAAAAGUAUUUCUUUCUUAUCUGUUAACAUUUCUUCCAGUGUUCUUUACAGCAAAAUUAAUAUGAAUGUAUAAUAUUGAAGUUUUGUCUUGGCCUAUGUGCAGUAAAACUAUCUUUGGUUAAAAUGCUGAAUCAUUCACAUACAGACGUUUGCAGUAUGUCGUAACCUAGUAACAAUCACGACCAUUUGAAAAAAAUUGGUGGUUAUACUCUGCCUUGUGUCAUUGAGGUAUGGUGUACAUGUAUAGCCAUGUAACAUUAUCUUAUUUGAGUACGAGAUCAAACAUGAAACACAGUGUUAUUUACAUCUGUAGACUGCACUGUGCUAGUUAGGGGAGAGCCUCGUCACCUUAGCAUAAAAUGGUCACACAUUGAAAAUAUAUAUGCAGUUUUACAGAGUUUAUGCAUGUGUUGUUUACGGUCAAUAUUUUCACUGUCUGUGUUUACUUGACAAAAAUAAUGAUGUACCUAGUUCUGCAUCUUUAAUGAUCUUGCACAGUCUGGAAAGUAUGUACCACAUAAUUUAAGCCUGAGCUUGAUAAUGAUAAAUUCCUGUUUAAAAAAGGCAGAAUCAAUUAAUUGCAUUGUUACUGUAUCUUAUGGGGCUAAUAUCUUAUAGUUUUAAAUAAGGCAACUGAUGCAGGAUUUUGCAUGCUAAAAUACCCAGUGUUUGUUUGUUAUGAAUGUUGGUAGAUCUUCAUAGCUUUGUUACUAUAGGACUUGAUCUAAAAAGUAUUUAAUAAAAUAAAACUGAUCAGUGCAUCUUGUUUUAACUGCUGCAGUCGAUGGAUGUUUACCUUAAAGCCUGCUUGGAUUUGUUUGGGAAAAUGUUGUCAAUUAACAAGGAGCAUUCUUAAAACUUUGAGUACGCAAUAUUCAUUGGUAUAUUCAAUUAUUUCACUAUUGAGUCCAAAACACGUGAAGCAGAAUGGUUCAGAAUUGGUUAAAUCAGAGCCAGUGGAUAAGUACAACUACAAAGACUUCUCUUUGCUAUUGUACAUUUACAUGGCUGCAAAUUGAUCAUUAACGACAUACUUUGAGAUUCCUGUUUAGACAGAUCACCCCAGCUGCUGUUUGAUUACAUCCUAAUCCUUAAAUGAUGGGACCACUCAUCAUUUGCAUUUAAUUGUACAUGCUUUUACCUCUUAUCAAUUCAUCACCAUUUAAUGAUGUGUCGAAAAGCUUUCUAAAUCAGAAAGGCAUGAUGUUCAGAUGCCAGUUAAUUGACUACCUUAUCCGACACAGGUGAGUCAAAACCAUUUUUUUGUUUGUUUAAAAAAAACAAAUCUCAUGAUUGUUCACAUCCUCUGUCUAGCUAAAUAUUAUAAAUCCUCCAAAUAUAAUAGAAUCAUUCUCAUCAGCUUUCACUAAUUUUGGGACUUGGUCAUUUCACUACCAAAAUGUAACCUUUUCUGUGUGUGUCUCACUCUGAAAAUAAACACACUUCUGUGUACUUAACCAGAUUUGUCAUCUGUGUUCCUCUUUGGGAUCAAAGUGUCUCAUUCCCAGUAAUGCACUAAGGUUAGCAGCUAUGCAGCAUCUUAUAGCAAUGUCUGAAUAUCAUAUCAGUGAGGGAUUGUCUUAAACAUUUGCAAAAAAAAUUCCCCUCAAGCACUUAGCUUAAUGCAAUUAGAAUAUGGCUCAUCUUCAGUAUGCAUGUUGUGGGGGUGGUGGAUGUGAGAGAAUGAGAGAGAGCUUCCUUUUUUUCUACAAUUUAAAAAAAGUUAGCAAUUUUUUAUUACUCAAUGAAAAGCAUCAAAAGACAAACUUUUGAGACAGUGUCAACCAGAGAAUGGUGGAAAAACGAUGAGUACCUGAAAAGGGAGAGUGGUGAGUUGGAAAAAAGGCCUACCUUUGCAUUUCGAUCCAGAAUUCUGGCCACUGAAGGCAAGCCUAUAAAUGUUACAAAUAGCUGCUAGUUUGACGUGCCUUAUUCUGGUUAAAAAGCCCUGUUAUGAAAACCAUUAACGUUACUCAACCUUUUGAGAUCUUGUCAUAAUUUUGAUUUCAAAUCUAAGUGUUCCUAUUGUACUCUGGGGGUUAAUUAUUGUUCUGGGAAUGUUGAGCAGCUGUGCUGAAUGGGUGAGAAGGCUGCUCACGCAACAGUGAUCAAAAUGCUCCAAUGUGCUAGAAAGGACGGAAGAAUCAGUACAAGAACCAUGUUAUCAUUGUUUUUCGCGUAAGAUGACUGAUGAAUACUUGAGUCUUUUCUCUCUUAAAAUAUAUCGCAGCUGAAAAGAUUAAGAAUGGAUUAAGGUAUCUACCACGACAAUGGAAUGCCAUGUACAUUACCUUCUUGCUAUUAAAUUUAUCAAUGUUAGAAAUAAAAGUGAUUUUAUCAACCACAA